UGCAGUCGAACUUUGCGCGCAAAGAGAUCACAGUGACGACUGGGAGCAUAUUCCAAAACCAUUUAAGUAUCCUUUAGUUCCUUUUAUUAGUUCCUAAGGAAUUUUAACCUAGAAAGAUUUAUUUCCUCUGCUGUAAAACUAAACCUCAGUGAAGUUAGCCGGACAACUUUAACUUUGUUAUCAUACCUAAUCGAGUGGUGGUCGUUUGGUGUCCUAAUUAAAACAUUUGGUGGUGGUCAGUCAUUGUUCUAUAAUCAAAUAAUCAAAUUUGUCCUUGACGUUAGCCGAAAAAUAUUUUUUUUUAACAAAUUACGUUUUUCAGGUGCUCGAUGCGUAUCGUUUGGUGAUAACGAAUAUCAUAAUUAAAACGUUUGGUAGUCAUUAGUUUUCGUACAAAAUUAAAAAAAACGAUGCAGUGUUAGGUUGUUAUCAAACGUGUUAGGUUCAAAAGAAGACAAGCACAGCGAUUGGCGAACAGUUAGUCACUUUUCGUAUUUUCACUACAUUUGAGUUACACAAUCGACCUCCUGUUCAGAAAUAUCUGUUUUAUGGACCGUAAAUGUGUGUUCAUACAUCAAUAUCCAGUCCAGCUAGACUGCAUGGUUUUUUUAAUUUUGUACGAAAACUAAAGACUACCAAACAUUUUAAUUAUGAGGUUCAUUAUUACCGAACGAUUACGCAUCGAUUGAGCACCUGAAAAACUUAAUUUGUUGAGAAAAAAUAUUUUUCGGCUAACUUCAAGGACAAAUUUGGAUUAUUUGAUUAUAAAAGAAUGACUGACCACCAAAUGUUUUUAUUAGGCCACCAAUGACCACCAAACGAUUUGGUAUGAUAAAAAGUUAAAAAGUUAAAAUUGCCCGGCUAACUUCACUGAGGUGUAUAGUUCAGUGCACGUUCAGUGGAUCCAACCUUAGGACUUAGUGUUGGUCGCAGCCGUUGAAGUCGCAGUACCGACAAUAAAAAUUUCGGGAACAUACUCUACGUUUCAUCGUUAGGUUCAUGUAUACCGUAUUGUUUGUAAUAAAUAGGUAUUGUUUGGAAUUGUCAGUGUUCCUUCUAGUUCGUUGUGUGGAGACCAGCUGAAAUUAAUUUAAAACUACUAAAUAGAAAGAAAUUUUGAGUAGCGCUAAAUUAGUUUCACAAUAGUAUAGUGAAGGAGGUGAAAUUACAGUCUGACUUUUCAUCACAGUAUGAAUAAAAAAAAAAUAACAUUUGGCAAGAUUGGGCAGGGUUUAAUUUCUCAGCAGGAAUUACCAGAGGAACCUACAACUUCCGGCUUUGGAACUUUUGGCCAAAAACCUCCUGAAAAGAAUUGCAAUGCAAUGAAAGAGAUUCGUCCUGAGGAUGAGGAGGAAAUGCAAACUCUACAAAAAGUUAUGGGUAUGACUGGUUUCGGAAAGAAAGCAAAAUCCUUUGAUAUUCAAGAAAUACUUGAUAAUAUUUCCAAAACUAUUGGAAGUCACAAGGCAGCAAUGCAAGGAAAAGAAGGCAAUGAAGCAAAGACUCUAGUAAUAUCACAGCAAUGUCAAGAAGAAUCCAAGGAAGAUGAUUUGUUGAUAGGACCACCGAUUCCAUCACAAGUAGAUGAGAAAUCUAAAUCAGUUAACAAAAAGGACAGUGACGAAGACACUGAUGAUGAAGAUGACAGUGAAACAGAGGCAGAGGAAACAAAUGUAAUCAGUAAAAUUCCAUGUACUCAUGAAGUAGCUAUGACACAUGGAACAAAAGCAGUAAUAGCUAUAGCAGCAGAUCCUUCUGGAGCCCGUUUAGCAUCAGGAUCAGUCGAUUAUGAUGUUAGUUUCUGGGAUUUUGCUGGAAUGGAUUCAUCUUUAAAGAGUUUUCGCACCCUGCAACCUUGUGAGAAUCACCCUAUCAAAUGUCUACAAUAUUCUAUGACUGGUGAUGCUAUCCUUGUAAUAUCUGGAGCUGCGCAGGCAAAAGUGUUAGAUCGUGAUGGUUUUGAAAAAUGUGAAACAGUUAAAGGAGAUCAAUACAUCACUGACAUGGCACGCACAAAAGGACAUACAGCUGCAUUGAACAGUGGUUGUUGGCAUCCAUUUACUAAAGAAGAAUAUCUAACAUGUUCACAGGACAGUACUUGCAGAAUUUGGAUUCUAUACCGUCCAAGAGCUCACAAGUACCUCAUAAAAUGUAGAGCACAAAAUGGUGUCAAGACCGUACCUACCACAUGUGCUUAUAGCAGAGAUGGUAGUGCAGUGGCCUGUGGCUGUAUAGAUGGUUCCAUACAAAUGUGGGACCGUAGAAAGAAUUUUGUUAAUCCUUCUUUAAUCUUGCGUGGAGCUCACACACAAGGUUCAGAAAUAUCGAGUCUAAGCUUUUCUUACUUGGGUAACAUGCUUGCAACCAGAAGUUGCGAUGAUACCUUAAAACUUUGGGAUAUGCGAGCAUUCAAAAGUCCUCUUUUUGUAGCAAGUGACUUAUUUUCACGCUAUGAUACCACAGACUGCAUGUUCAGUCCAGAUGAUUCUAUGAUCAUCACUGGAGAGUCUCUCAGAAAAGCCCAAACUAAUGGUAGAGUGUUAUUCUACAAUACAAAAACAUUUGAGAUGGUGCAUGAAAUCUUGGUGACAAAUUCUCAUGUUAUUAAAACACUGUGGCACCCAAAAUUGAACCAGAUUUUUGUGGGAUGUGGUAAUGGUGUUGUGAAGGCAUAUUAUGACCCAAAGAGAAGCAUGAGAGGUGCUAAACUCUGUGUGGUGAAGACACAUCUAAAACCGAAGCAUAUAGAAAUCAUGUCAACACAGCAAAUUAUUACACCACAUGCUUUGCCACUUUUCAGGCAGGACAGGCCAAAAUCUGUCAGGAAACAAAUGGAAAAGGAUAGACUUGAUCCUGUUAAGUCUCAUAGACCUGACCUUCCUAUUACUUCUGGACAGGGAGGUAGGGUAGCUUCAUCUGGAGGAACUCUUAGUUCCUAUGUUAUAAGAAAUCUUGGACUGAGUAAACGCAUAGAGGAUGAUCAGGAUCCGCGUGAAGCUAUCCUAAAGUACGCCAAAGAAGCUGAAGAAAAUCCUUACUGGAUCGCUCCAGCAUACAAAAAGACUCAACCGAAGACCAUUUUCCAAUCUGACGAAUCAGAUGGAGGACCAUCGAAUAAGAAGCAAAAGACCUAAUUCAGUAAUAUACAGGAUUUAUUUUUCAAUCAUCAUUUUGUUGAAUAAUGUACAUUUUGAUGUACUUAUUGUUAAUAUAUAGUAUAAGCAAACAUUUUGUGAAACAAUAACAAGAUUAUGUAUUAUUUAUUAAUAUUAUGAUUAAUUUUAGAGAAGAAAAGGGAGAUAAGGUUGCUGAUAUUUCCAGCUAUCAUUCUAUAACAAAAAUAUUGUACAUUUUUUUAAAUGGGAUGUAAUAUGACAAAUGAUGCUUCCAAAUUUCAUGAUAAAACUAUGUCUCAUUUACACUAUAAGAUCGAUGCCUGCAUGUGAAUAUUUAUGAAUAACUAAAUUUCUUCGUUCCUUUAUCACAUAUAAAUACUCGCCAGAUAUAUAAGAUAGCAAAAUAACAGACAUGAAAAAUAAAAAUAUACCUAUUUCAUAUUUUCAGUAUAUAAGCAUAUAAAGUAUAUUUAAAACUAUUAAAACUACCAGUUGUUCGUAUUUAUAAUUACCGGAGAAUGCUAAUUAGUUAUAAUUAGAGAAACUGAGGAAACACAUGAGAGUACUUGACAAUUAAUAUGCACAUUGAGUACGGCAUAUUUACUGGAACCAAUAUAAAAGUAUAGAAGGUUUUUGAAACGUUUAAUUCAGUUUAGUUAUUCUAUGUAUGUUCACGCAUAGGGAGAGGUAAUAUAUUUUCUAUUUUUUUUCCUGCAUUUUCAAUUAAUUUGGCCUAUUAUUGAUUCAGUCGCCUUAUAUGAUACAAAAUAUGAGUUAUGUAUUUAACCAUAUUAAGCAUUCUAAUUUGAAGAAAAUUAUAAGAAAACGUGGCAGGCGUUACGACAGCGCCCAUGAUGUUUUGACAGAUCAGAAAUGCACAAUUUCAUUAGGUAUAAUUUUCUCGAAACUGAAAUAUUUUUCGAGUCUAUAUUGAGAAGUGCCACGAGCCAUAUCAUAUAAAGAAGCUAGCUCAUCAAAAAUGUUGAUAAAUCAUUUAGAAAUAAACAAGAAAAAUUAAUAUUAUGUUUCCUCGCUUUUCACGUCACCAUAUCAUGUACGUGUGCAAGCAUCGGAUAGCUGAACACAGCUUUAAUGCAUAGAAUACACAAAGGGUCAUUCUCUUUACCAGUAUCUUCUUGUUGCUAGAAAAUUGAUAAUAAAGGUACAUUCCUGUUAGAGAUAAAA